CCACUGUGGAAUUACUAUUGCAAUGCGAACCAAACUCCGCAGUGUACAACCACCUGAAGAGGACGCUGGAUCUUGUCGGAGAGAUGAGCCGAGUGGCAUUGGAGAAUGCGCGUGCCACGGUGACUGAGGCGAGCACACAGGCCACAGGCCGUGGUGGGGGAGGUCGUGGGUCUAGAGGGCGUGGACACAGUGGAGGUCGUGCAUACAGUGGAGGUCGUGGAGGUGGUCACGAGGAUGACGAUGUCUUGGAUGAUGAGGCGUUGGAGGGCAACUGGGGCAUGUACAUGGAUGGUGUCGGGUCAUCGCGAUGCACUUCUGACGCUGCUGCCCAGCCAUCCCACCCCCCUGGCCAUGAGAAUAGUGCAGAACACACAUCCUGUGCCCAAGCUGGCCCUCGGUCCCCACCACCCACUCGGCUGUCUCCCCCAUUGUUUGCCGACUCUGCCCACGACGGUGGCUGUAUAUUUGUACCCACCCCUGGCCGACUGACACCACCUGUAGUUCAAGCUGAGCCCACCCAGGACCCUUCACUUCCUAAGCCUGACGAACCAGCUGCACAGAUCGAACAGAUACAGGGUGAGAAUAUAGUGCUGGUACAUGGGUUGCGAAGAUCACUCCGCACUGACAUACAUCCCCCUGGUUGUGGGACCGGCGACGGUAAAUAA